AUGAGAUUGACCACUAUUGUUGCUGCUCUCGCCUCGCUGGCUACCAUUCACGGCGCGUCUGGCGCGAACUGGGCCAACACGAUUUGGGAUGAAAUCAAAGAGACAAUCACUUGUGCUGGAUGCGAGGGACUCUUGGGAACUCUCAAGCUGGUCGCUGGUCUCGGACCAGAUGUCUUGAUCAAUGUCCUGACCGAUGUGUGCAAGCUGGCCAAGGUGGAGGACCCCGACGUCUGCGCUGGUAUCAUCGAAGCCGAAGGUUCCGCCGCAUAUUACGUCCUUAAGCAACUCAAAGUGGGCUCGCAUACCUCGAAAUCCUUCUGUUCGCAAAUGGUUGGCCUCUGCAACUAUCCCGAGGUUCGACCGUACAACAUUUCCUUUCCCGUCCCCAAACCCUCGACGCAUCGGCCCCCUCCGAGCGGCCAGCCUCCGAUCCGGGUCGCGCACAUCAGCGACACGCACGUGGAUCGCGCCUACGAGACCGGCGCCAACUACGAAUGCUCGAAGCCCAUCUGCUGCCGUGCGUAUACCGAGAAUGACGCCCCUGGAAAGACCUCGUUUCCCUGUGGUCCGUACGGUCACCCCAAAUGCGACCCGCCGCUUCGGCUCGAGGAGAGCAUGAUGGCCGCCAUCGCCGCCAUGGACCCGGCCUUUUCCAUUUACACCGGCGACGUGGUCCCCCAUGAUGUCUGGUCGGUGAACCGGACUGAAGUAUUGCACGAUCUGAAUGCGACAUACCGCCUCUUGGACCAACUGGGUCUUGUCUACGCCGCCCUGGGCAACCACGACACUGCGCCCGUCAACCUCUUCCCCUCCGAGCGCAUCCCCGUCUCCCACAACCCACAAUGGGCCUACGACGCCCUCGCCGAAGACUGGACGAACCUGGUGGGCGGUCCGCUGUCCGCGCCUGUUGUGCAUGCGACCGACCAGUUCGGAUCGUACUCGGCCAUCCACCCGGGAGGCAAGCUGCGCAUCAUAUCGUAUAACAGCGUCUUCUACUACACGUACAACUUCUACGCCUACCAGGAGCCGAUGGAGUACGAUCCAAACGGGCAACUCGCCUGGCUCAUCUCCGAGCUGCAGGCCGCUGAGACGGCGGGCCAGCGCGUCUGGCUCAUCGCGCACAUCCCCACGGGCGGUACCGACACCCUGCGCGACUACUCGCACUACCUCGACCAGAUCAUCCAGCGGUACGACGCAACCAUCGCCGCCCUGUUCUUCGGCCACACGCACACCGACCUCUUCCAGGUCUCCUACGCCGACCCGGCGCAUCCCAGCGCGGACUCCGCCUCCGCCGUCGGGUACAUCACCCCCUCGCUCACCCCGACCUCGGGACCCCCAGCCUUCCGCAUCUACGACAUCGACCCGGUAACCUUCGCCGUGCUGGACUACACCGUCUACACCGCCAACUUCUCCACCGAUACCGCCCCGGAAUGGACAAAAUACUACUCCGCCAAGGAAAGCUACGGCGCCCUCCUCAGCCCACCCCUCACCGACCCAACCGCAGAACUCACCCCGGCCUUCUGGCACAACGUCACGGCCCUCAUGGAAACCGACAACUCCGUCUUCCAGGCGUGGUGGGCGCGCACGACCCGCGGGUUCAACGUACCCGAAUGCAACGCGCAGUGCGCACGCGACCAGAUCUGCUCGCUGCGGGCGGCAGAUGCGCAGUACGGCUGUGUGCGCGGCACGCUGUCCAUUACCAAGCGCGACGGCCUGGACCUCGGCGGUGCUGCCCCUGCCCCUGGCCCGCACGUGCACGUGCAGUCCUCUCGGCCGCAGUGUGAGGAGGCCGGGCUGGCGAGGGUGUUGGCGGCCGUGAUACGCGAGACGGAUGACUUGCAGGGGCUGCUUUUGCAGCGGGCUGAACUGUAUAUCUAA